ACACGCACCUAAAAAUUAUCGAUUUUUAUUUAUUAGUGUAUAAUAUUUGUGUUAAAAAGGAUAUCCAUAUGUUAAUUAAUAUUUAAUAGAGAUGUCUCUGUUACUUGUCAGGCCAAAAAAAUAAAGUGGAAUAAAUCCUAGCAAUAUCUUUUUCUUUUCAAUUAUGUUCGAUCAAUUAUAUAAAGUUCAAUAAUCGAAAUAUAAUUUUCUAAUACUUUAUUAUUAAUUGAUCGUUAAUCAAUUAAUUAUAAUGAUCUUUAAGCAUUAAUUUAUCUUUUUAAAGUUAUACAGUGUUACCUAUAUUAUUUAUGUGUAGCUCUUUUGUCCAUAUAAAUCGUGAGCAGUUUGAUCAACUCUAUAUAGUACUGAUUAUAUCCAUAUUGAGAUAAGCACAUACUUUUUAUUAAUAUUAAUAUAUCAACUAACUCUGAGAUGGAUUGUGAAAGUGAAGGAUACAGAAUUGAAAGAGAUUCAUUUGGAGAAGUAAAAGUUCCUAAUGAUAAAUAUUAUGGAGCACAAACUGUUCGAUCGAUGAUGAACUUUGCUAUUGGUGAUGUAUAUGAACGCAUGCCUGUAAGGAAGUCUACUAUAUAUGGCAUUGUUGUCGCAAUGGGAAUAUUAAAGAAAGCUGCGGCUGAAGCAAAUAAAGAAUUUGGAUUAGAUGCAAACAUUGCUGAUGCGAUUAGUAAAGCUGCAGAUGAUGUUAUAAGUGGUAAACUUUAUAGCGAACAUUUUCCAUUAGUGAUUUGGCAAACUGGUUCUGGUACGCAAACAAAUAUGAAUGUUAAUGAGGUAAUAUCUAAUCGCGCAAUUGAAAUACUUGGUGGAAAACUUGGAUCGAAGACACCAGUCCAUCCGAAUGAUCACGUAAACAAAUCACAGAGUUCUAAUGAUACAUUUCCAACUGCAAUGAACAUAGCUGUAGCUUUAGAAAUUAACAAAGUACUUCUGCCAGGUUUAGAGUGCUUUUUAGAGGCAUUAAAAUGUAAAUCAGAAGAAUGGAAGCAUAUAAUUAAAAUUGGAAGAACUCAUACUCAAGAUGCAGUGCCUCUUACAUUAGGACAAGAGUUUUCAGGCUAUGUGAGACAAAUUCAAAAUGGAAUUUGCAGAGUAAAAGAUACUCUUCCACGGUUAUACGAAUUACCAUUAGGUGGUACAGCUGUUGGAACAGGAUUGAAUGCUCCAAAAGGAUUUAGUGAAAAGGCAAUUGCAAAGAUUGCUAGAUUAACUGACUUACCAUUCGUGCCAACGCCAAAUUAUUUUGAAGCUCUUGCUGCACAUGAUGCUAUAGUUGAAGUACAUGGUGCACUAAAUGUCGUUGCCGUAUCUAUGAUGAAGAUAGCAAAUGAUAUACGAUUUUUGGGGAGUGGUCCUCGAUGCGGUUUAGGAGAAUUAUCCUUACCAGAAAAUGAACCAGGCAGCUCGAUUAUGCCAGGAAAAGUUAAUCCUACUCAAUGCGAAGCAGUUACCAUGGUUUGUUGUCAAGUGAUGGGAAAUCUUGUUGCUACAACUAUUGCUGGAAGUAAUGGUCAUUUCGAACUUAAUGUAUUUAAACCAGUAAUGGUAACCAAUACAUUACGAUCUGCAAGAUUGUUAGGAGAUGUUGCUGUAUCGUUUACAAAGAAUUGUGUUGUCGGCAUAAAAGCGAACGAGGAACGUAUUAAGAAAUUAUUAAAUGAAAGUUUAAUGUUGGUUACUGCGCUUAAUCCACACAUUGGAUAUGAUAAGUCUGCUACUAUUGCUAAACAAGCUCAUAAAGAAGGAAUUACUCUAAAAGAAGCUGCAUUGAAAAAUGGAAUAACAGCUGAACAAUUUGAUCAAUGGGUCAGACCUGAAGACAUGAUUGGACCUAAAUAAACUUAAAGAAAAUAACCUAAAAUGUGUUAUUUUUGAAGUAGCUUAUAUUCACAAAUAUAUGCACUUUUUAAUUGAAAAUUUUUCCCAUUAUACAAAAGACAACCGAAAAAAUUGUUCUAUAACAUUAUUAAAAUUUCAAUUAUUCUAUUAUUAGUCUUAUCAAGCACAGUUUUAUAUUCGUCAUCGUUGAAUUAUGAAAAUGACCAUAUAAAUUAUGUAUUUGGUACAAUAAAAUAAAUGUUUAUUUAUUGUUAAAUUAA